AUGACAACAAUGCCAGUAAUGACAACUGUCGUCACCUGUCCCCGGUCACAGUUUACCUGCGGCGAUGGAAAAUGCAUACCACUGCACUGGAAAUGUGAUACCUACCCGGACUGCGUGGAUGGUUCGGACGAAAUCGACUGCAGUAAAGCGCACAAAUGUAAGGAUGAGCAGUUCCAGUGCAAGCUGACAAACAAGUGCAUCCCCCGGGGCUGGACCUGCGACGGGGAUGCGGACUGCGGGGUGGUGGAAAAAUACCGCACCGUUGAUGUGUCCGACGAGGAUACCGAGCUGUGCCGCAGCUCCAAGCACUGUCUUCCAACGCAAACCGUUUGCAGCAACGGCAAGUGUUUAGAUAUAGAAAAAUUCUGCGACGGAGCCUGGGACUGCUCCAACGAUGAACUUAACUGUCCCAGCAACGAUACCGCCGAGUGCGAUGCACUGAAAUGUUCCUACGACUGCCGGCAGACACCGAACGGGCCACGGUGCUUUUGUGCGAAGGGCAGCCAACCGAAUGGAAGCGUUUGUGUGGAUUUCGACGAGUGCCAAAUUGAAGGAAUAUGCGACCAGAUUUGCAAGAACCUUCCCGGAUCGUACAAGUGUACCUGCGCGACCGGAUAUGCGCGAAAUGGUAACAAAUGCCAGGCUGUGAAUGCUCCCAAAGAAGAGCCUGCAUCGUUGCUGUUCGCCACACCGACUGAAGUGCGAAAAUUUGCCAUCAUUAACGGAACUGCCAACGACCAUGGCAACGUGUCCGCCAUGUUUCUGCCCAUCAGCAACGUCCAAGCACUGGAAAUGUACCAUCGAAAUCGAACCUUUUGUCUGAUUCGUUUACAAUUCAAUGCCCGUUUCGAGUGUUACAGUGUAGAUAACGUCACGUACAUGUGGCAAAUGCCGCUGCCAGAUUUGUUUCCGAACAUAGAUUCCAUCGAUCAUAUUAGCAUUGAUUGGAUCUCGGGAAACUGGUAUUUUCUUGACGAUCAGCGAGAAGUUAUAUUUGUUUGCUCCGGCCAGAUGAAACACUGUACAAUUAUUCAUGAGAACGAUUUGGCGAAACCUCGGGGGAUGGCCCUGGAUCCAACGAAGGGUUACAUGUUCUUGACCAAAUGGGGCAGUUCGCUAGCGAGUGUCGAACGAUCGUUUCUCGAUGGAGCGAAUCGGUCUUCGAUUGUUUUGAAGAAAAUUGUCUACCCACACGGUGUUGCACUGGAUUUGGCUCUUCAGCACGUAUACUGGGUUGAUACCUAUCUAGAUUCGAUCGAACGCACCGAUUACGACGGAAAUCAUCGGUGGUUUAUGAAGAAGUCAGCCAACUUCAUGAUCAACCUCCAAUCACUGCACACAGUUAACGUAUUCGAAUCGACAAUUUACCUAGCAUCCUGGAAGAAUCGCUCGCUCGUUGCGAUAGAUAAAUUCUCCUCCGAAUCGAAGCUGGUGGCGACGGGUGUUUCGCGAGCCUCCCAUUUACACGUCUUCCAUCGCCAGAAGCAACCGGAGGUGGCUCAUCCGUGUCGGAAUCAGAACGGCGGAUGCGAUCAUCUUUGCAUAACCGCAUGGAAGAAAACGGUUGCCAUAGGUCAAUGCGUGUGUUCACCCGGAUAUCGGUUGCAGACGAAGGAACACUGCAUGCUGAUUAAGAGGCCGACGUUUCUGCUGUUUUCCCAAGCGAACCCCGGCAUGAUUCGCGGCAUUCCACUUGGGAUCAUACCACAGGAAGCGAUCGUGCCGGUAACGAACCUUGGCAGAGAUGUUACCUUCGACUACCACAUCGAGGAGCAGCUGAUCUACUUUGCCCAUCACGAAAAAGCGCAGGCAAAGUUUUCUAUAGAAAGUCAAAGACUGGAUGGGACUGGCCGUGAGAAGCUGUGGGAGGCGGAAGGUUCUUGCGAUGACCUGGCGUACGACUGGGUUGGGCACAACUUAUUCUACACAAACUCCGAACGGAAUCGGAUUACGGUACUCAAACUCGGUCCAAGGGUUUACGCUCGCAUCAUUUUACGAGAUGUGGUGCAUCCACAGUCCAUUGUACUCGAUCCGAAGAAGGGCUACAUGUAUUGGACUUCAUGGGAUCCACUGGGGAGUAAGAUCGAGAAAGCUUGGAUGGAUGGACGUUCAAGGAGUGUCGUGGUCGACAAUCGUGAUUUACCGAUGAUUUGGCCAACAUCGCUGGUGAUCGAUCAGGUUCAGAAGCGGCUCUACUGGUGUGAUUCACGCACCGGGAUGAUCGAAAGUGUAUCGUUGGAUGGGACGAACCGAACUACUCUAUACGAUGGACGGGGACGGGAUCACAUUCCGAUCGCCAUUGGUGUGCACAAGCAGAAGGUGUAUUUUUCCGAUAACGUCAAGGGUAACAUCCAGAAACUGAAUCUCAGUGAUCAGGGCUCGAUAGAGGUGGUCGCAGUCGAAAAGCCACCCAUUUUUGGAAUCAAAAUUUUCGACAAUCUCACUCAGUACAACAACAAUAAAAAGAUACUUUGCGAUGAGUGCUCGUGGAUUUGUCUGAACACACCAAAUGUUCCCGAGUGUGUCUGCGAGGAAUCGUUUGUGUUGAAUGCACAGAAAACGGCCUGUGAACCAGCGUCUUCGGUUACGACUAGCCCGAUCAAGUGCCCGGACGGAACCACGUUUCUGUGCAAAAGUGAAACACAGUGCAUCGAUCAGAGGUUUACCUGCGAUGGUGACCGGGAUUGUGACGACGGAAGUGACGAAGAGCAAACACCGGACGGGCCGUGCAACGUGAACUGUGACCUGGAGCAUAACUUCAAAUGCGACGAUCAACGGUGUAUCAAUAGAUCUCUGGUAUGCGACGGAACGGUGAACUGUAUCGACGAAACUGAUGAAGACUAUACCAACUGCCCGAAUAUGACCUGCAUUGAUAAGUUCUUUCAGUGCGAGAUCAGUCGAAGGUGCAUUCCUAAAAGCUGGGUCUGCGAUCGGCACCCGGAUUGUGGACCGAAUGAUCACUCAGAUGAACCGGAACGGUGUUACAAGUGUGACGGAUUCAUGUGCAAGAAUGGAGCUUGCGUGUCGUUUGAGAUGCUCUGCGAUGGAGUCAAUAACUGCGGCGACAACUCGGACGAGACUCAAUGCGACGUGGAGUGCCAGCCAAGUGAGUUCUACUGUAGUCCGCACGGGUGCAUCGAUCGUUCACAGAUGUGUGACCCAAAGUUCAACUGUCUGAACGCAUACGGAGAUUGUGAUCAACGGAUCAAUGGGACUGCAGAAGAUGAUGACGCGGUCCUUCGAACUGGAGUUAUUAAAACGGACGCUGAAAUGAUGGCACAGUGUGAGCAGGAUGUUGCCGUGGUUUGUGAAAUGGAUAAAGAUUGUAUAAAAUCUUUCCAAAAGCUAUGCCAAAACACAAAACUUCCCGCACAUAACGAAACCGUAGUUUGUCUACAUCCGGACCGAAUCUGCCGGCUAACGAAUACCUGCAUCAAAGUGGAUCAACUUUGCGAUGGAAAAAUGGAUUGUCCGGACAGCACCGAUGAAGGGUUUCGUUGCAAAGAUGAUGUUUGCAAUGGAACAAAAGAAUGCUCCCAUUUGUGUCACAACGCUCCAGAAGGAUAUGUUUGUGCAUGCCCGGAGCAUUUAUAUCUGCAGCCUAACGGGAAAGAUUGUCUGGUAGAUCACGCUUGUGAACACUGGGGAACGUGCUCGCAGAUCUGUUCUCCAAACGGUAAACACUACCGUUGCAGUUGUAAGGAAGGUUACACGCUGACGUUCGACAAGUUCACCUGCAGGAGUAAUAACGCAGACGCGCCGCAUGUGAUAUUCAGUAAUCGUCAGGAGAUUAGAGGUGUAGACUUGAACACGCUGGCCGUGAAAAAUUUCUACACAUCACUGAGAAACACGAUUGCGUUGGAUUUUCUCUGGAAGAAUGACUCGGUGCAAAUUUUCUGGACAGAUGUGCUGGAUGACAAGAUCUUCAGAGGCACGUUAAGUGGAGAUUCACUGAGUAACGUGGAGGCUGUAGUGCAGUCGGGGCUGUCGACGGCCGAAGGUUUGGCAGUCGACUGGAUUGGAAUGAAUCUCUACUGGAUCGAUAGUAAUUUGGAUCAAAUUGAAGUUGCUAAAACAAACGGCAGCUAUCGAAGAACACUGGUUGCAGGAGAUAUGGUGAAUCCAAGAGCUAUUGCUUUAGAUCCAAUGGAAGGCUUACUGUUCUGGACAGAUUGGGAGGAAGGCGCUCCCAGAUUGGAACGCUGUACUAUGGCUGGGGAAUCUCGUACAACGAUUAAGUAUGUUGGACCAGAUGGUGGUUGGCCUAACGGAAUUACCCUUGAUUACGUCCUCAAGCGUGUCUAUUGGAUCGACGCACGUUCUGACUCUAUUCACACCAUAAACUAUAACGGCGAAGACCACCAUCUGGUGAUCAAGGAUCAGGAGGUUCUUUCACAUCCCUUCAGUAUCACCCUGUUCGACAACUACGUCUACUGGACCGAUUGGCGAACGAAUUCUGUUAUUCGAGCUAACAAAUGGAACGGUUCCGAUGUAACCGUUAUUCAGCGAACCCAAAGCCAACCGUUUGGUAUACAAAUUCUUCAUUCAAGCCGACAGCCCCAGAACCGGUCCAGUAAUCCAUGUGCGGUGAAUAACGGGGGUUGCUCUCACUUAUGUCUGCUGAGUGUCAACCAAAGCUACCAAUGCGCCUGCCCUCACGUGAUGCGGCUAAACAAUAAUCGAAAGCGUUGCAUCCCGAACGAAGAAAUACUUCUCUUUGCCAUGGCUACCGAAAUUCGGGGCGUUGAUUUGCAGCAGCCAAAUCAUUACACUAUACCUACCAUCAGCCAUCAGACGCAAGUUAUCCAACCGGCUGUACUGGACUACGACAUAUCAGAGGCCCGGCUAUACUGGAACGACGUUCAGCUUAACGAGAUCAAAUCUUCGGCACUCGCGACUGGACCGAUCGACACCAUUCUCGACACGGAUAUUUCGAAUUCGCUAGGAUUUGCUGUAGAUUGGAUUUCCAGGUUGCUGUUUGUUUCUACCGGAACUGAAAACAGCAGUCGGAUUCUAGCAUGCAACAUGAAAGGUGAAUUCAUUACGGAAGUAUUGACCAACCUUGCGUUGGUCAAAAGUAUGGUCGUUCAUCCCUCUAAAGGUCUACUGUAUUUUGCUACCUCGAGUGAAUCUCCCAAACUGUACGAGCUGUACUUCAGUCGAAUGGACGGUUUGGACAAACAGUUGAUUAGCAAUUCAACCUUCUAUGCAAUGGAAAGCCUGGUGCUGGAUUUUGCAACCGAACGACUUUACUACGUCGCGCCGAAGAUUGGUGAAAUCUACUACUACGAUACAAACAACGGGAAGAUCAUCAAAGUUUCCGUCGAAAGUAAAUCGCAUCCGAUCAGCACCAUCACCGUGUACAGGGAGCACGUAUACUAUGAAGAUAGUACGGAUAGUCGAAUUAUGCGAUGCAACAAGAAUCUCUGCCAAAACGCGGAAGUCGUACGAAAUAACACCGGCGGUAUCAAUGCCAUCCGUAUGUACCACCCUGGAGCACAAAACGGGACUAACUCAUGUCGCGACAAUCAAGGCGGAGGUUGUCAACAUCUGUGCAUUCCACUGUCUGCACAAACGCAUACCUGCGCUUGUGCAAUAGGCUACCGGCAGGAUCCGGCAUCUACGGUACGCUGUGUACCGAUCGAUAAUUUUCUCAUGUACUCGGUCGGUCACCAACUGAAAGGCCUUGCCAUUGGUGAAUCGGAGGAUUCAACCCAGUUGGUUUUGGGACCUUUGCAAAAGAUUUCAUUAGCUACGGGAAUCGACUACCACGCGAGGAGUGAUUUCAUUUACAUUGCUGAUAGUGAUCGUGGCUCGAUAACGAAGAUCAAACGGGAUGGUAGUGAGCGAUCGGUGAUCGUGAGCAACUUCGAACAGGUUGUUGACGGGAACUCAAUAGACUGGCUGGGUGGAAUUGCAAUCGAUUGGGUGGCGGACAAUAUCUACUGGACGGAUCAGAAGCGCAACCUGAUCGAAGUGGCGCGAUUGAACGGUAGUUUACGUUACGUCGUUGCUUCGGACAUUGAAAGCCCACAGUUGAUCGCGGUCGAUCCUGUUAGUGGAUUUGUUUUCUUCUCCGGUAAGGGUAAAAUCGGUCGAACGGGCCUCGAUGGCACGGGAAAAUUCAUACUGGUCAAUCAAAGUUCCACAAUCAGUGACAUAGCGUUGGAUAUAGAAAACCAGGUCGUCUACUGGUGCGAAGUUCAAACCGAUACAAUUUGGAGGGUAGAUUAUGAUGGUAAUAUGAAAACCAUUCUACUAAACAAUACACUGGACAACGUGAAAGGUCUGGAUUUGUUCGAAGACAACAUUUACUGGUCGGAUGUAAGAGGAAACAUAAAACAGGCAAAUACAAAGAACAUCUCUAACUACUGGAACUUGAUCGAGCACGAAGGAACUUCGCUGAAAGACAUCAAGAUCUUUUCGUCUCAGAAACAACAAAAAACUAAUGCUUGCGGAAUAAACAACGGUGGUUGUCAGGAGCUUUGCUUAUUCAACGGCACUCAUCCCAUUUGUGCAUGUUCUCAUGGAAAAAUCUCUACUACAGACUACAAAACAUGCGAACCGUACGAAAACUUCCUGAUCUUUUCGCGCGUUUCUGCCAUCGAUAGCAUUCACAUGACUGAUCACCUCAACAUUAACGGACCUAUUCAAGAGAUUCAGAACUCGUCCUUCUUAAAAAACACAAUCGCCCUAAGCUACGACUACGAUCGAAGUUUAAUCUUCUACUCCGACGUCGAGUACAGUUCGAUCAAUUCGGUUCACUUCAACGGUUCCAACCAUCGGCAGAUCGUAUCGAAACAGCUAACCGUGGAAGGCCUAGCCUUCAAUCCAAUCACUCGGUUUCUAUUUUGGACCUCCAACAACGAAGCCUGUAUCCGUUCGCUAGACCUAGCGAACACAACCAAUGACCCAAAUAAAAACGCCGGCUUCGUAAAGGAGCUAAUCAAGCUAAAACCGACUGACAAACCGCGUGGAAUUGCCGUGGAACCAUGCCUUGCAAUGAUCUACUGGACAAACUGGAAUCCACAAGCCGCGUCCAUCCAGCGAGCAUAUCCAUCCGGCUAUGGACUGGAAAGUAUAAUUACCACGGAUAUUCGCAUGCCAAAUGCCAUCACACUGGACUACCAAGCGAAGAAACUGUACUGGGCGGAUGCUCGGUAUGACAAGAUCGAGCGGGCCGAUUACGAUGGUCGAAACCGUGUUGUUCUGGCACACUCCACGCCGAAACAUCCUUUCGCGAUGACCGUCUACGGAGAUCUACUGUUUUGGACCGACUGGAUCCUCCAUGCCGUCCUUCGAGCUAACAAAUACUCCGGCAGUGAUGUGGUGUUUCUACGGAGAGACAUUGCCCGGCCGAUGGGAAUCAUAGCCGUUCAGGAGAUCGACCAGGACUGCAGUGCGGAUCCGUGUCAAAUUUUGAAUGGUGGCUGCGAGGACGUAUGCUUGAUUGAUGCAGCCGGACAAAUAAAAUGCAGCUGUACGCAAGGUGUUUUGGCUGCGGAUAAUCAACGGUGCAUACCCAAACAAUCCUCCAACUGUUCGGCGGAUGAGUUCAGUUGUUCUAUCGGAGGUUGCAUUCCUUAUUAUCUAACAUGCGACUCGGUCGCGCAUUGCUUAGAUGGUUCCGAUGAAAUGCAAAGCUACUGUGCCCAGAGGGAAUGCAUUUCGGGAUAUUUCCAGUGUAGCAAUCGUCGGUGCAUCCAAAACUCGUUAAGGUGUGACAACAUCCAAGACUGCGGAGACGGGAGCGAUGAGGAGCACUGCGACUGCGACCCCUCAACCCAUUUCCGGUGCAACUCAGGACAGUGCAUCAAUAAGCAGAUGCGUUGCGAUAACGAUCCGGACUGUGCCGAUAUCUCAGAUGAAAUUGGAUGUCCAAAGGUGCGCAAUUGCAGUGCAAUGCAUUCUGGAGAGUUUCUUCAGUGCCCGAAUACUACCGCUUGUUACAUGUCAUCGUGGCUUUGCGAUGGAGAAAACGAUUGCUGGGACAACAGUGAUGAAACCAACUGCACGAGUUCAAUCGUUCCGACCUGUCCGACGGAUAAGUUUUUGUGUGCCAAUGGGCAUUGCAUUCCGCAGAACUGGAGGUGUGAUAGUGAGGAUGAUUGUCUGGAUGCUACGAUGACUAGUUUGAGUUCCGAUGAGAUUAACUGCACCAGGCAUUGCAAGCCGAAUCAGUUCCAAUGCUUGAACAGUACCGAGUGUAUCCCGAACAGCUGGCAGUGUGAUAAUAAUCCGGACUGCGCAGACGGUUCCGACGAAGGUUCCCAUUGUCAGCAGCGGGUUUGUCCGAACGGAGAGUUCCAGUGCCCGGGCAGUGGACGGUGUAUUCCAAAGAAAUGGGUUUGCGACGGUGAGGUGGAUUGCAUUGCGGAUAAUGAGGAUGAGAAGAAUUGUGACUCGAUGGAACAAAGUUGUGAUCCGGAUUCGUUUACCUGUCACAGUGGGGAGUGUAUCAGUAGGCAGUUUGUUUGCGAUGGCGAUGCGGAUUGUGUGGAUGCGUCGGACGAAAUGAUUGACUGCGGAGCAGGCUACGAUGCGAUCGAACCGUGUGGGGACGAUGAGUUCCAGUGUAAGAACAAGCGGUGCAUUUCGAAGAAUCUGACUUGCAAUGUUAACAAUGACUGCGAAGAUGGUUCGGAUGAGGAUAUUCAGCUGUGUAAAAAUACAACGUUGAUUUGUGCUGGACCUGGACUGUUCCGUUGCGAGAGUGGAGCCUGUAUAGUGAGUGGAUUGUUGUGCAAUGGAGAGAAUGAUUGCGGAGACUGGAGUGACGAAAAGUCGUGCCGGAUCAAUGAGUGUGAGCAGAUGCCAACCUUGUGUGCUCAUAACUGCGAAGAUCGCGAGGUCGGUUAUGAGUGCACUUGUCGGCCUGGAUUCAAAGUCAACGUCAACAAUAAGCACCUUUGUGACAGCAUUGACGAAUGUAUGGAACGGCCCUGCAGUCAGAUCUGUACUAAUGUCUAUGGGUCGUAUCAUUGCUCUUGCCAGGAUGGGUAUGUAAUGCGAGCUAAUAGAACCUGUAAAGCGGAUACUAUGGAACCGGCUAAGCUUAUUUUUUCUAAUCGAUAUUACGUGCGAGAAGUAGAAUUGAGUGGAUCGAUGACGAUUCUGGCCCAUAACCUGUCGAAUGCGGUUGCACUUGACUUCGAUUGGGAGACAAAGUGCUAUUACUGGUCAGACGUCACUUCCGUUGUGAGUUCCAUCAAACGCAUGUGUCUGAGCUCCAACAAAACGGAAGUCCUUCACAAAUCUACCCUAAAAAAUCCGGAUGGUUUGGCGAUUGAUUGGUUAGCUCGGAAUCUUUACUGGUGUGACAAAGGGCUCGAUACCAUUGAAAUUUCCAAGUUGGAUGGAAGGUAUCGAAAAGUACUGAUCAACAAGAACCUUCAAGAACCUCGAGCUAUCGUCUUGGAUCCAUUCCGAAAGCACAUGUACUGGACCGAUUGGGGUGAUCAACCAUAUAUCGGAAAAGCGGGAAUGGAUGGCACUAAUCAAACAAUGUUAAUCAAGAAUCAUCUUGGUUGGCCGAACGCUUUGACGAUUAGCUUCGAAACAAAUGAACUCUUCUGGGGAGAUGCACGGGAAGAUUUCAUAGCGGUUAGUGAUCUGGAGGGACAAAAUCGGAAAGUGAUCCUCUACAGAGACACCCAUCCGGCUAUGAAUCUACAUCACAUUUUCGCGAUCGCCGUUUGGGAAGAUCGAAUUUAUUGGACCGAUUGGGAAACGAAAUCCAUAGAGUAUUGUCACAAGUAUCGGGGUGAUCAAUGCGGAACGGUGAUCAAAACAAUUCAUCGACCAAUGGAUCUGCGAGUUUAUCAUCCGUAUAGGCAGAAGAAACCAUCGGUCGAUCCAUGUGAACUGGCUGGCUGCUCUACACUAUGUUUACUGUCUCCAGCAGCACCAGGCUACAAAUGUGCUUGUCCAGAUAACUUCGUUCUAGGCGUUGAUAAUAAAACAUGUAUUGCAAACUGCUCCUCAGCACAAUUCCUGUGCAAGACCACAUUUAAGUGCAUACCUUAUUAUUGGAAAUGUGACAAACAGGAUGACUGCGGAGACAACAGCGAUGAACCGGAUGACUGCCCGGAGUUCAGCUGCGAGUCUGGUCAGUUCCAGUGCGACAACAAUAGAUGCAUCAGUCCGAACUCGAUCUGCGACGGUGAGAAUCAGUGUGGUGAUGAGUCCGAUGAGAAGGACUGUGACGAUUACGAGUGCUUUAGCUCUCAGUUCAAGUGCAGCCGAUCGGGGGAGAAGAAUGCCUUUUGUCUAGACGGACACCGGCAGUGUGACGGUACGCAGGAUUGUCCCAAUGGAGAGGAUGAAGUGGGCUGUGAAAAGACCAGCUGUGCCGACCACCAGUUCAAGUGCGGUUCGGGAAAAUGUAUCACGAAAGUUUGGGCUUGCGAUGGUGAUAUUGAUUGCACGGAUGGUUCGGAUGAACGAGACUGCGGGCAUAGAACUUGCGGCGAAAAUGAGUUCAGAUGCAACAAAGGUCGCUGCAUUCCGGUAUCGUGGCGCUGCGAUGGUGAAGAAGACUGCGCCGAUGGUGAGGAUGAGAAGGACAACUGCAAACCGCCGGAGACGAUCACUUGCGAAGCUUCCUACUUCCGGUGUAACAAUUCCAAGUGCAUCCCAGGGCGGUGGCGAUGCGAUUACGAGAACGACUGCGGCGACAAUUCGGACGAGGUGAACUGCCAGAUGCGGAACUGCUCGGAGUCGGAGUUUCGCUGCCGGGAUGGGCACUGUAUUCGGGGAAUCCGCAAAUGUGACGGCGAGUUUAACUGUGCCGAUCGGAGCGACGAGGAGGAUUGCGAUAUCAGCUGUCAGUCGGACGAGUUCAAAUGCAAGAGCCAUAAUAUCUGCAUCAGUUCCAAUUUUCUCUGCGAUGGCGAUAAUGACUGUAUAGAUGGCUCGGACGAAGAGCAGUGCCAAUGUCAAGAGGACGAAUACCGCUGCGAUAAUGGUAAAUGUAUCCUCCGGAACUGGGUAUGCGACGGAAUUGAUGACUGUCUGGAUCGGUCGGACGAGAAAAGUGAAUAUUGCCAGGAGCAUGGAUGCCACAAACGUGCCUUCAAAUGUAGUAAUAGAAACUGUAUACGAAAGGGACUGGUGUGCGACAAUAAGGAUGACUGCGGGGACAAUAGUGACGAGAAGCAGACGCUGUGUCACAAGUGUCCUCCGAACUCGUUCCGGUGCAAUAGCGAUUCCAAGUGUAUAGCGAAUGAGUUACGGUGUGACGGAAAACCGAACUGCUUGGAUGAAUCGGAUGAACUUGGCUGUCGACGAUCGGUUUGUGGAUUCGGAACGUGCAGUCAAAUCUGCGUGGAAAAGAAGGGACACUACAACUGCCGGUGUUCUCCAGGUUAUCAAAAGGGUGUCGCCAAGAACGACACCUGCGUCGCAAUGGAAGAGAACGGUUUGCUACUAGUUUCAUCCGAGUCCGAUUUUCGAAGCAUGUACUACGGUACUACCGUUAUGGGCUUUCUACAGACAAACUCCAAGAAGAUCGAUCGGUUCGACUAUUCAAUAACCAGACAGAACAUAACCCUAUUCUGGGUCGACAGUCACGAUAAGAGUAUUCAGAAGGUUCACAUGGAUACGACGGUGAAGGUAGUGGAAACGGAAGAUACUUCGCACUCAGCUUACCGAAGAGCUGCUCCGUCGUACGAUCGCAUUAAAACUCUAGACGGAAAGCACUCAACUGUGAUUCUGAGCAGCCAAAGUAUCAUCCCGCUAGCGAUCGCCUGCGAUUGGCUCACAGAGCACAUCUACGUGAUUAACAAAAAGCAAAGUAAUAUCUUUGUGAUGACAUUCAAUGGAACGAAUCACACCACGUUAACGGCCACUGGAAAGCACCCAAUAGACAUCGUUGUGGAUCCCGUCAAUCGAGUGAUGGUUUGGUCCGUGAUGGAAGCAAUCAUCCUUUCCGGAAUGGAUGGUUAUCAGAAGCAGAAGCUGGUCCAGGCAAACAUCGAAUGGGCCUCCGGUUUAGCCAUCGAUCAGACCACCAACCGAUUGUACUGGGCCGAUUACCGCAAAAGUACGAUUGAAACGUGCCUCCUGCUAACUGGUGGGGAUCGGCACGUAAUCAGCGAAAUGCAUGACUAUUCCAAGCCGAAACUGCUGGACGUUUUCGAGGAUAGCAUCUACGUGAUAUUGUACAACCAAAACAUUCUCAAGUUGAAUAAAUUUGGACGUGAUAACGGAACUGAGGUAUUCCAAGGUUCGAGAGGGUACCGAUCAUCAGACCUUAACUACAUUCACCCACUGAAGCACAACCGAAAAACAACGAAUCCGUGUGUUCUUUACCCUUGUGACGAAACCACGGUGUGUCUAUUGUCCACGGAAAACCCCACCGGUCGUCGCUGUUUAUGCCCAGACAGCCGAAUGAAUCCCCAGCUAGACAGUGUUGGAGAAGUGCUCAAAUGUAAGGAUGAAGCCGCGAUCAGUUGCAAACUUCCAUGCAAUUUCGGUGUUUGCGUAGUGGAAAAUGGCCAGCAGAAAUGUCGCUGUCCUCCGCUUUACGAUGGUAAAUAUUGUGAACACUACAUCUGCAGCGGGUAUUGCAUGAAUCGGGGCGCUUGCUAUACGGUGAACAAUGUCCGCAAAUGCACCUGUCUGCCCCAGUGGACCGGUGAUCGUUGCGAACUAUCGACCGGAGCGUGUCUGAAGUAUUGCCACAACGGUGGAAACUGUUCGAUUGCAAACGACGGUGCCAUGUCCUGCAGCUGCCCGAAGGAUUACGAGGGUAAACAGUGCCAGCACUGCUCGAAUCUUAAAUGCGAAAACGGUGGAGUCUGCCGAAAGACGGCAACCGAUAAGAGCCAGUGCGAGUGCCCGGAUGGGUUCAGUGGCAGAAGCUGUGAGAUCGAUACCUGCAUGAACUACUGCGAGAACGAAGUGGAAUGCACAAUCGAAAGAGGUGCUCCGAAGUGUAACUGUCCGGAGGGCAUCACUGGAGAGCGAUGCGAAAUCCGUAGCUGUAAGGAGCUGUGCCGGAAUGGGGGCGUCUGUAUUUCGGGAACGAAUCCGUACUGUAGCUGCCGGCAGGGUUACGAGGGGAAGUACUGUGAGACCGACCUGUGUGAUGGCAACGAAAAUCCCCCCAGCUAUUGUUUUCCACAGCGGCCUUCGCCUAGCCCGCUACCUAGUUCCUGUAACGAUUUUGUCUGCAGCAACACGGGCCACUGCUUAGAGGUUCGCGGGAAGCCCAUUUGUAACUGUACCAAUCAAUAUGCUGGCAAGCACUGCGAGCUGUACGUCAGCUAUAAUAAUCCGUGCAUCAACUAUUGCAAGAAUAGCGGCAUCUGCCAGCUGGACAUCUACUCGAUAUCGAACGUCACUUACGUGCCGUCCUGCGUUUGUGUUGGCGAAUGGAACGGCGACCAGUGCGAGCGGCCACCGAACUGCAUCGAGGAGUGCGGAACGUGCGUGGCCGGUAGUUCUAUCAAUGAGUGCAUGUGCGAAGAUGGUACAUUGAGUAUCUGUCUUAAGCAGAUUUCAAUUGCAGAACUGGAGAGUCGCGAUCAAGCCGGUUACACGCUGUCGAUUUUGGCAAUCGUUCUUUUCAUUAUACUGCUGGCUGUCGCCGGCAUCGGAGGGGUUUUCUACGGAUUGAGGAAACGAAGGGGAGGACAGCCAUUCUCCCACGCUCGGCUAACGGAGAAUGUGGAAAUCACCAACCCAAUGUAUUUGGGUGAUGUAGAGGAGGUGCCAUCGUUUGUGCAUGAGGAUGAUAAGGCUCACUUUGCCAAUCCGGUUUACGACUCGAUGUACGCGGGUGGAAUUAAUGUGCACACCGAUUCAUCGUCGAUGCCGGGUAACAGCAGCCACCCGUUGCUGAACGCAUCCAGCUCGGCACCAGAGGAGAAGAAGGGUUUGCUGCAGCACACCCUGGACGAUACAAACGCCCAGGAUUUGUUAUGAUGCCGGCUGAAAAAAUAGUAGCUGGUGCGAUUCUAGAGGCGACUUGGAACCCCGACGACGCCUCUGGAAAGGUUCGCGCCAACCGUUUCGGUUGGCCUUUGGUAGGUACAUAGAUACUAUCAAUUAGAUAUGCUCCUUUCGUUGUUAGACUAUUGUAAUAAUGCGCAAUGGAAUGCAAACACAUACACACACGUACAUUGAAGCUGUAGAUAAUCACAUACCAGGUUAUAAUAUACUCAUGUUUUAUACUAUUUGAUUAGUUUUAAGUGAAAGAUCUCUCGAAUCAUUACUUUUUAUGGGCACCAUGCUGGUGGUAAUUACUAGUGGAAAAACGGUAGCUAAGUGCAAGCAUUUCGUCUGUGUUUUAUCUGUGAAUAGAUGGGUAGCUUUUAAUCGAGUGUUGAAAAAUUAAAUGCGCUGCAAUCGAAGGUGGCCCUGUUUUUUGGCGUUAAUGUUUAACUCAAUUGUAGUGUAAAGUCAAAGGUAACUUGGUGCCGUACAACAGUUAAAACUAUACUUUAUAAGCAAGAACAAUUAUAUUAUAUAGUAAGCUAAGACACAAGAAAAAAUAAACUGUACGUUUACGUUGUCAAGAGCGACGCACUUUUGAGCUUUAAUAGCUUUAUUAUGUUAGGUAAUAAAUAACGAGCUAUAUUUUCUAACGAAUAAAUCGUAGGUUAUUGCUAUCGGUACACUGAACUCAGAACAAAAGUAAAUAAAUUCAUUCUAGAGUCCCGAUUUCAUCCGUUCAUAGCCAAAAGCAUUGAAAAUCACAAUCAAUCUAUUCAUCGUAUAUAUAAAUAGUAGUCAAAAUAAGUAGAACAUUUUUUUAAAUCAAUCAGUAACACUAACCAUGAUGCGAAAAGUAUCCAUCCAAUUUUUGAUAAUAAAUAGCAAAUCAACUAAAAAGCGAUAUGAUCGAGGCAGCCCCCUAUCGAAGAAAAACUAUGCCCAUCUUGUGAAUUACACACGACAAACACAAAAGAAAAAAUACGUGAAAUUAAUUGUGAUGAUUCUUCGACGAAACAUGAAAAUAAGCGAAAAAAAAUAUCGAAUCCUAAACAAACGAAUCUGUUCAAGAUACAGACACAAGGCAUGUGACAGGAUGAUUUCGUCAUUAAAUAUGAUUUAGCGCGGUAAGCCGAAGAAGAGGAGAAAAAUGUAAUAUGCUCAUUAUAUAUGCCAUAAAGGAUGUUGAAGCAGCUCUCGCCUCCACUAGUUUAAUUGUUUAGAUUGUCGCAUUGCGCUAGGUUGAAUCGCGCAACUCGAACGCAAACACACUGUAAAAUACUGAGAAUUAGCAAACUGCGAAACAUUAUCGAGUAUAAAUAGCUUUUUAGAUUCACACUGGAAUAAUCAAGCAGAAGGCAAGACGAUUCGGUUCGACAGCAGUAAGGUGUUUUUAACAUAAAGACUGUAAUUUUUUCUAA